CUGUGCCACAACCGCCACCUGGUGGAGGAAUGGUGAUGAUGCAGCUCAGCGUACCAAAUAAUCCACAGUCUCAGGCCCAUUCGCCCCCACAGUGGAAACAAAACAAAUAUUACUGUGACCACCAGAGAGGACAGAAGUGUGUAGAAUUUAGCAACUUAGACAAUAUUGUCCAGCACAGCCCUCAACUCAGCAGUCCCAUCAUUUCACCAGUGCAGUCACCGGCACCAGCUCAGCUGUCCACCCUGAAGACCAUCCGUCCCUCAGGACCACCGCUUUCCAUCAUGUCCCAGUUUGCUAGGCCUUUUGUCCCUGGGCAGGGAGAUGCAAGGUAUCCAUUGCUUGGCCAGCCCCUGCAGUACAACCCUCCUACUCUUCUUCAUGGACACAUACCACACCAACAGGGUCAGUCUGGCAGUAGGCAUGGAAACCGAGGAAGGAGACAAGCUAAGAAGGCUGCAUCCACGGACCUUGGAGCAGGAGAAGCAGUUGUUGGCAAGGUCUUGGAAAUCACAGAACUACCAGAUGGAAUAACUCGCAUGGAAGCAGAGAAGCUUUUCGGGGAACUCUUUAAAAUUGGCGCCAAGAUCCGAUGGCUUCGGGACCCUCAGUCCCAGCCCCAGCUGCGUCGUCACCCUCUUUGUUGUGGCAGUGGGGACAGCACGGUCAACCCCGAGCGCUCUAAACCCAGUGACUUGGCCUCAACAUACACAGUCUUAGCCACGUUCCCCUCUAUUUCAGCUGCACAGAGUGCACUGAAGAAGCAGAUUCACUCGGUGAACAAGUUUAAACUGAGAACAAGCAAGAAGCACUACGACUUCCAUGUUUUGGAAAGGGCAAGUUCUCAGUAACAGCCAGCUUGGGACCUCUCACUCUAUGAUUCCCCUGCCCUCUCCCAUCUGAUUGGCUUGGUAUGUGGAGCUUAUGUUAACAGUAUAGAGACUCCUGGGAUGUGUGACCACGUGUUACAGCUUUUGGAGGAAGGCCAGGGACCCAGCAAAGGGAGGGGGGAAGAUAUCCAUUUCCCAAUGACUAUAGGAAUCCAAACAGGAAUGAUACAGAGUUAGCAGCUUUUUCUAAGGAAAUGCUGUUCAGAUGCCUCCUAACUUUUAUAGUUAUUUUGUUUUAUAUUUCUGAAUUCUUGUAUCAGAUCCAAAGCUCUAUUGUAUAGCAAAUUAUUCUUCAAAGUGAUUAUAACCAGUUGCAACCUGUAUUUCUUUUUUUGGCCAGCACAGUAUGAACCAACUUAGACUUUAGGGGAAAAAGAAUACAGGAAUGGAAUAGCCAAGUCGAAACCAUGUCAAAACUAUCUUUUGGGGGGCUGAGGGUGCUAAAGAGAACCCACAAAUAAAAUAUUACUCCUCCCCUAAAUCACUAAACACAGAAUAAGUUUUCCAGGACAUCCAUAAUUCCCCCACGGGUCCUUCCUUCUUCAUUUAGGUAGUAUGGCCAUUAAGUGUAAACUAAAUUAUGUUCUCAAUGCCUCUUAAUCAAACCACUUAGAUUCAAAGGAGAUAGGAAUCAUCCUAGGCAGGAAAAUCCUUCCACUUUUUUUUUUAAAGUGUCCUUCAGAUAGCUAAAUUCCACUCAUCUGCAUUCCCCCUCUUGAUGUUUUGUCUCUUGAGGAAAUGCAUUUGAUGAGUGCUGGAAACUUUUUAAGUGGUUUAAAUUUUGUUUUCAUUGUUUGCAGUGGAUUACUGGACACCAAAAAUUCAUUGCACUUAUGAACAAGGAACCUUAUUUUCAAUUUCUGUGUAAUUUUGCAAGGCUGUACAAUGUGCUGAUGCAAGCCUUUUUCAGUUCAAGAGAAUAAAUGUUUACAAAUGUA